UUAUUGUUUAUCGCGACAUUUACUUUAUUUUGCAGUAAAUUGAUGUACAGUAAAAAAUCAAACAGUGACUCGUGGUUCUCAAACUGUAAUGGUAACUUAUUUAUAAAUUAAAGGUGCAAGCAAUGUUAAAAAACAUGAAGAUUGAUAAAAAACUGUUGCCCAUAAAAGGACAUUACUUUCUUUUCAAUGCUGGAACUGCUCCCCUUGUCCCAUAUCUAUCAACAUAUGCUCGCCAGUUAGGAUUUUCCUCAGCAACCGUUGGUCUAAUUUAUACAGUCUUACCAAUAUUUGGUUUAGUGGCAAAACCUUUGUUUGGAAUAAUAGCUGACAGGUUUAAAAAACAAAAAUCAAUAUUUAUUAUAUUCCAAAUUGUGACUAUAGUUAGUUUUUCGGCUAUUUAUACAAUACCUGGUGAAACAGGGAGCAUGUCAUCUGUACAAUUAGAGUGUGGCAAUGGGGCAUCAUUUCUUCGUAGUUGCUAUCAAGAUGCAAAUUCAAUUAAUCAGUGUAGUAAAAACUCUUUAGGAAAUAUGAAUGGUACCUCGAAAUGUAAUAUGAGCUGUGUGAUGGACUCUCCCAAAAUGUGGCAAACUGUCUGCGAACAUUGGCAUAUGCCACAAUAUUGUUACAGCGAAACGGAUCUAAUAGAAUACACAGCACAUAUUAAUAAUGCUGACAUUAGAGAUGAUCAAUGCUUGUAUUUAAAUGCAGAUGCAGUAAAAUUAGAUGGAUACCCUUAUACACCACAUUGCCACAUUGGUGAUGGAUAUCGUGAUCUCAAUCAAUCUUGUACAAUGAAUUGUACCAACUCAAAGUUGUCAAUGGCAAUAGGCAGUUCAAAACCGAUAAUGACUUGCUCAAAUAAAUUGCUCAAUUUCCGCCUAUGUUCAAACAAUUCAAAUGCUUUUAAAGAAGCCGCUAACCAAACUAAUGAUGAAUGCCAGGUUUCUUGUGACUUGGACAAAUCAGCUCCUUGGCGUCUUAUGGAGAUUUGUGAAGCUUGGAAGGCAGAUGCAGCUAAAACAUGCCGUCCAAAGACCAGAAUUGGAACUGAAUUCCCUAAAAAUCUAUCAUUCGUUGGAAGUGUACUGCUUUCUACAGUAAUUACUGAAGAAGAGUGUGCAUUUGUUCAGCUUAAUCAUAUUAAACUGCCUGAUGGUUCCAUUCACUAUCCAAAUUGUAUGAAAGAAGAUGCAUUUGAAACUGGGAAAGAUGUUUUUUAUCCAAGUUGUAAUAUAAAAUGUGACAAUAUGGCUAUUAAUGAAUGGUUUCAAACAGCAACUGAAAGUCGUAACAAUUCAACACAAUAUACAAGACAAUUUUGGCUGUUUUUCCUCUUGAUGAUAAUAAGUUGGAUUGGUCAAGCCGUGGUAGUGACUUUUGCAGAUGCUAUAUGUUUCAAUGUUUUAGGACCACGAGUUGCUUUGUAUGGGAAACAAAGACUUUGGGGUUCCGUUGGCUGGGGUAUAUUCUCCUUACUGACUGGUACAUUGAUUGACUGGUUCAGUGAUGGUGCAUACAAAGAUUACACAAUCGCUUUUAUACUUAUGUUUGUAUUUAUGUGCGGAGAUGUUAUUGUAUCAUGCUUCAUUAGGAGUGAAUCAACGAAAAUGUCAGUUAAUAUUUUAAUAGAUGUUGGUACUUUGCUUUCUUCGUUACCAACACUUGUGUUUAUGUUAUGGACUAUAGCUGUUGGGCUAUGCACAGGUCUUCUUUGGCAAUUCCUCUUCUGGCUUCUAGAAGAUAUUUAUGGCUGUGAUAAUUCUGAUUAUGUUAAAACAUUGCAAGGACUGGUUAGCGCUAUUCAGACAUUCGGUGGAGAAAUACCCUUUAUGUUUGCAUCCGGUUACAUUCUUAAAAAGUUAGGUCAUGUGAAUAUGAUGAGUCUAGUGCUGUUUGCUUUCGGUGUACGUUUUGUUUUAUAUUCCCUUCUCACUAACGCAUGGUGGGUGUUGCCAAUAGAGAUGUUACAAGGUAUAACAUUCGGAAUGUUUUAUCCAACGAUGGCAUCCUACGCUAAUGUUGUGUCUCCACCGGGAACUGAAACUACUGUACAGGGUCUCGUUGGAGCAGUUUUCGAAGGAGUUGGCACUUCUCUAGGCAGUUUUAUUGGUGGGAGAAUGUACGAAAAAUAUGGUGGUUCAAAUACCUUCCUAUGGUUUGGUAUUGGUUCACUUAUAUGUUGCGCUAUUCAUGUAUUUGUGCAGUACUUAAUAAGGGACAAAGUUCGUCAUGCUGAACUGACGAAAGCUUACUCAUCUAUAAUUCGUUAUGAAAAUCUGUACGAUCCAAACUAUAUAUUGCAAGAGAUGACAGAUUUCAACGCGGAACACUAAACAAGUUAAUGUUUAAGGUUAUAGAUAUACUAUAGUAAAAUCCUAAGAAUUAUGUUUUAAAAUAUUUUUGUAAGUUAUUAUGUUAAUUUGGAUUGUUGGAGAAAAGUGCUAUUGUCGUUUUUCCUUUGGAUGAGGU